ACUGGCAAAAAUGGCGCUGUCCAAGCGGCCGCUUAGCAAGGAGACGCCUCUGGUCGACAGCAGCAACAACAACAACAACAACAACAGCAACAACGGUAACAACAUCAACAACAACAACAACAAUGAACAUGAGACGGCAAUCAAGCGACGCAAACGCUGCAGUCGCGAUGAUGAACUAGCUGCCAUCAACAACAACAACAACAACAAUAACAAUACUAACAAUAACAACAAUACUAGCAACAACAACAAUACAUUGCCGCAGAAGAAGCGGCAGCUGGGUCUCAGUCUAAGCCUGGGAUUGGCCAAGGCAACAACAGAUGCAACAGAUCAGGACGAUGAGACGCUAAUCCGUGAGACGCAAGCUGCACUGAAAAGUCUGUCCGGCAGCUGGCCGGAUGCUCGAACCAAUUUGUAUCGCUUGCAGGAGCAAGAGGAUGAGAAUCCGCCGCCAUUUCAGAACCUGUUCGAGGACAAGCAGAAGUACAAUCAUAAUCUGAACAACAACAACAACAAACAACAGCAACAACAACAACAAAACUCACACAACACUCUACUGCUGCGCUUCCACAGACAGAAGGAGAACGAUCAGGCGCGUCUCAAUCACAUUGGCAGCAUCAGCAACAAAAAGGAGGCAGCACUGGACGCGGCAACAGCGGCGGCAGCAGCAGCAGCCACAUACGCAUCAGCAACAUCCGCUUUUAAGCCACCAAUCGAUAUCAUCAAACGCAAUGGCCAAUUGGCAGCUGCCGCCGCCCAUGCCGCUGCCCAUGCCCACGCCCAGGCUCAGGCACACGCCCAUGCACAGGCCCAGGCCUAUGCACAUGCCCAAUACACAAGCAGCGCUGCCUACAAUGCAGCCGAGGCAUACUACGGCUAUGCAGCAGCAGCAGCUGCCAGUCAACAGCAGCAACAGCAACAGCAACAGCAGCAGCAGCAGCAACUCUGUUUGGAUCGCAGCUUUGAUAUUGCCGCCCAGCUGGACUCGCCCACAGAAAAGAGUCCAAAGCAGCAGCAACAGCAGCAACAACAGUUGCUGCCAAAGGAGCAACUGCUGGAUGCCAAACAAUAUACGAUAUUGCAGCCGGCGGGCGUUGGCAGUCGUGCCGCAUCCGUGAUGCAGGAUAUAGCAAGAGAGGGCGUUGUCGGCGUUUCUCUGGUAGCAACACCACCAACAACAACAGCAGCAGCAGCAGCUUCAGCAACAGCCUCGCCAACAGCAACAGCAUCCACACCAGCAGCAACAUCGACACCAACAUCAUUAUCAUCAUCAUCAUCAGCAGCAGCAGCAGCAGCAGCAUCCUCAACGCCGGCGCCCAGCUACUCGCCGGGCAGCCAAAAUCGCGCUGCCGAACUGGAAAAGCAUGAGAAGGACCUCCAUCCGCUGGACAAGCUCAAGAUCACAUCCAACCACUAUCUGAACAACAACAACAGCAGCUGUAUCAACAACAACAACAACAACAACAAUACCAGUAAAACGAUGCCCAUUAUCAAAUCGGAGUACAGUCCCGUUGCCAGCAUCAAAUCGGAGUACAACAAGAGCCCCAUGCACUCCUAUCUGGCCAAUGAUGCCGCCUCUGCGGCCAGCAGCGCCAUACCCGCUGGUAGUGCUCGCAGUACCAACAACAACAAUAACAACAACAGCAGCAGCAACAAUAACAACAACAGUGCUGCUAGCGUGCCAACCAAUGUUGCCACCGAGCCGCAUUUGAGCCGCUUUGUAGGGUUGCACAGCCCGCAGCCGCAUCCACAUGCCCACCACCAGCAACAACAACAGCAGCAACAACAGCAGCAUCAACAACAGCAGCAGCAGCAGCAGCAACAACAGCAUACGCUGCAUCAGCAACGUGGCCCUUUUAUUGAGGGUAGCCAAAUGAUGCCCGGUGGCAGUACCGGUGCCGGCGAUGGCAGCGAUGCAGCGAGCUACCAUGCAGAGCACCAACAGCAGCAGCAGCAACAGCAGCAGCAGCAGGCAGACGAACGUCAGCAACAGUAUGAGCACAUGCGAUAUGCCCAAAGUCAUGGACACGGUCUGGCACCCAAUGACACUACCGCAGAUCAACAGCAGCAGCAGCAGCAGCAACAGCAACAGUUGCUUCAGCCCAGUAAUGGCAGCAGCAGUGAAUUGUCACCGGUUACAGCGCGCAGUGUUUACGAGCAGCCGCACCCACAUCCGCAUCCACAUCCGCAUCCGCCCGCCUCGCUAGGAUCGUCGGUAGCGCCCGUAUUUGCUAUCGGUGUCGGCGACACUCUACCAACGGGUGCCACCGGCUUCGAGCGCUACGAUCCAAAUUGCUGUCCCAGCGGCGGGCAGCGACAGGCUGCUUAUCAUUAUCUGCCGCAGACUGCCGAUGAUUUGCAGGCGCAACAGCAGAAAUAUCUGCAGGAGCAACAGUUGCUCAUGGCCAAGGCGGAGCACGAGGAGCUAACCAACGGAGGCGGACCCAUUUAUCCGCGACCCAUGUAUCACUAUGAUCCGACGAUGGGUCCCCUGCCACCGGGCUUCUCCGCCAUCAAUUUGUCCGUGAAAAUGGCAGCAGCGCAGGCGGCAGCAGCAGCAGCUGCCUAUCAAAACCAACAGCAGCAACAGCAGCAGCAGCAACAGCAACAGCAGCAACAACAGCAGCAGCAACAACAGCAGCAACAUCACCAGCAGCAACAGCAACAACAGCAGCAGCAACAACAACAGCAACAGCAGCAGCAGCAACAGCACAGCAAGCAGAGUAGUUCGCCCACGCCAAAUGUGGGCGUGGCAGCGCCCGCUGUAGAUCUCUCGGGUGCCACGUCGGUGACGUCAUCGAGUCCGCACGGUUUCAACUCGCCAGCAUCGCACAACCAAUACAACAACCAGCGCAUGGGCAAUGGCAGUCCACAGCCGGGUGCCAGUCCAAACAUUGCCAGCCCCCAGGUGCCCAGUCCGCAGGGUCAAACGCUGGACCUGAGCGUCACACGUUUACCGCACAGCAUUAUCACCAGCCCGCAGUACGGCGCCGACGGCCUUGUUGUGGGCCACGGUCAGGGCUUUGGCAGCGCUGCACCCGGCUCAAUUGGACCGAACGGACCGCCACGUUCACCACAAAUGGAGCCAGUGGACUUUAGUGGACCGCCGCGUCCCCUCGGCUUCGGCCUGGUCGGUCACAUCAGCGGGCCGCGACCCUACAGUCGCGAAUCUACGCCGGACAGCGGCGGCUCCCAUUACAUUGAAACGUAUCGGGAUCCGAGCGGCUAUUCGCCGCAUCCGGGUUAUGGGAUGGUAGUUCAGUCAGACUAUCCACCAGCUGGUUACCAUGGAUACGGGCCCGCCGCCUAUCAAUGCAGCAAUCCGUAUGCAACAGCCGUUGGCCCCGGAGGCUAUCCGACUCCAGUCUCCGGCGGAUAUUCACCCAGUCCGGCCACCUGCUACUCGAUGCCACCGCCGCAGCACAUACCGCAGCACGACAAGACCAAAGAUGGUUUGACGGGCUGUUCGCGCUCGGACCGCAACCAUCUGCAGUCGCACUCCCAGGAGCUGAAGUGCCCGACACCCGGCUGCGAUGGUUCGGGACAUGUGACUGGCAACUACUCAUCGCAUCGCAGCCUCUCCGGUUGUCCGCGAGCCAACAAGCCGAAGAGCAAGCCCCGAGAUGGCCAGGAUUCGGAGCCAUUACGUUGCCCCAUACCAGGUUGUGAUGGUUCCGGCCAUUCCACUGGCAAAUUUCUCUCACACAGAAGUGCAUCGGGCUGUCCCAUUGCCAAUCGGAACAAGAUGCGUGUUUUGGAGGCCGGCGGCACCGUGGAACAGCACAAGGCCGCUGUGGCAGCUGCCACGGCUAUGAAAUUUGAUGCGUGUACCACAGUUGGCAGUCAGGGAAUUAAGAAACCCAAGUUCGAUGAGGUCACCAUGGUAUACCCCAAAGGCUAUACAGGAGGCGGCGGCUUGGACAUUGUUAUGAGCGGCGUCGGCAUUCCUCUGCCACCCGUCAUUAACAACAGCAGCAACAGCAGCAGCAGCCUGGGUGUCAACAGCAGCGACAAAUCAGCGAGCGUUGUAAAUGUGGCCGGCGGCGGCGGUGGCGGUGGCGGCGGCGGCGGCAGCGAUGAUCUCAACACGCUGGAAGCGGAAAUAUCGGAGUUGCAACGGGAAAAUGCACGCGUCGAAUCGCAAAUGAUGCGCCUCAAAUCGGACAUCAAUGCGAUGGAAUCGCAACUGAGCACCAGCGAUCGGGAGGCUUCUCCACUGAGCGCCCAUCAGCAGCAACAACAACAACAACAACAGCAACAACAACAACGUGUCACAGCUUCUGCUUUAGGCUCGCCCAGCGGCCAAUCGCCAUUUGCCGGCGUCUCCUCAACCACAGCGACCAUCAUUGGCGGCAGCAGCAGCGGACCAGGCAGCGGUACCGCUGGCGACCUCUCGCACGUAUCGCACGACGGCAGCGGAGCACCGCCGAAUGCGAAUCUAAACAACUAUUACGAGAGUUUGAGGAACAAUGUUAUCACGCUCCUGGAACACGUCCGUCUGCCACCGCCGCCGCCACCACCAGGCACAGCAACCGGUGCACUACCGGUUACAAGUGGAACUGGAAGUGGAGCUGGUGUGCCCGUUAGCCUGCACACUGGCAUGGACACUACCGGCUGCACCUCUGGCAUCGGCCUGAGCGGCGGUUGUGUGGUGGACCAUCAUACGAGCGCAGCGAGUGCUUAUUCGACGCUGUUGCCACCACCACCGCCGCCGCUGCCACCGCCAACGGGUGCCGUACCCAGUGCGUCGUCCAUGUACGGCCAUCAGUCGGCCGUAACGGUAGCGGCAGCAGCAGCAGCAGCAACAGCGGUAGCAGCCGCACCACCACCAGCACCACCACCACCGCCGCCGCCGCCGCAUGCACCACACCAUGCCUACACUGUGCAUCAUCCGGGCGGAUAUCCGCACGGACAUCCGCACCACGGACAUCCACACGAGCACUUCGACUCGUACAUCUCGAAGCUACAAUCGCUGUGCGUGCCGCCCGAUGUGUAUGCCCUACCGGACGACGGAGGUCGUCCCUCUGUCUACAAUUCGGUGAAGCCCAGCAUGCACCAGGACUAUGGCAAACUGAUGCCGACGCCCAUUUAAGCAGUGAGCAGAGACAGGGACAGGUACAGUGAAUACCGUCCAGCGGUGUUUCACUGUGUGUACAUACAUCAUUUAUGAAUUACGAAUCAUUCACACACACACACACACACACUGUAAUCGAAUACAAGUAGUUAUCGUGUUUGUUUAUCGAAUGUGUGUGUGUGUGUGUGUGUGUGUGUGUGUAUUGACUCAAUACGCCGGAGUUGAGCUAUGAGUUGGAUCAAUGGGGGCUAUGAUGGCUGAGCCAGUUGAGUUCGAUGAAUCGAAACAUGAAUAUGAGUUAUUCAUUAUGAGUUACGAAUCAUAUGCUAUACUAUACUAUAUAUAUAUGUCAUCAAUUAUAAGUGAGAAUGAAGUGUCGAUUUAGUGUCCGAAUAGCCCAACAUAUCUCUCUCCCACUCUCCCACUCUUCUGUAUUCAUUUCCUUUAAUUACUUUUGGAUAGGUCUACAGCUCGAAAAGAAAGAGAAACGAUAGUAUUACAUAGUAAACUAGUAUAAUUCAAUGGAGUCAAUGGAUUGAUUCAUGAUUCGUUAAAGUUUAUUUCAUCCCCAUUUAGUUCAACCUCUUAAUUUACUCGUAUCGGCAAAGAUAUGGCUAUACGAGAACCUAU